AUGAGACACAAUCAAAUUGUUUAUCGGUAUCGACCGAAACCCCUUGAGAAAGUGAUUUGGAAACAGAUUGAGAGGAGAACGGCUGAUGGAUAUUUGAUUUCGGUUUCGAGUCAGGAAUCCGUUCAAGUGGCCGACUAUGAUAAGUUCUAUGCCUGUUCUGGGGACUCAUCCACCAAUGAUAACGUUUCGUCGACCAAAAGUUGGUCAUAUCAUCCGAAUCCCUGUGAUCAAAGAGAAAUUCGUGCAAUCCAUCCGACUUUAUGUGAUCGAAAAGAAACCCGUUUCUGCGAGCGUUGCACUGAUGACAUUCGCGAAGAAGGGAUCUCCUAUGAGGAAUGUGCAUAUCAAAGAAACUAUCGAAAUCUCUCUUUUGACAGUGUUUCAUUGAAACAUUUAUUUAACCGAAUCAAUUACAUUCGAGAUGAUAAUGGUGUACGACGUAUUCAUCAAGAUCAAUAUCUUUGUGAUGAAGCACAAAAUUGGGCCGACUAUUUAGCAAAUCGAGAUGAGUUUUGCACACGAUCCGGUUUCUGUAUGUCGGUGUGGAUGGGUGAGGAUCCAUCAUCAGACAUCGCUUUUGGUUGGAUCACUGACGCUGACCGUUCAAAAAACCCGAAUCAUUGCCUGGAGGCAACCCGGAUCGGUCUUGGCACUACUUACAACAACUACAGAAAGAUGCAUAUUGUGGUGGCCUGUUUUGAA